ACCAUCUUUUUCUUUUCCCGCUCUUUAAUCUAGUUUUCUACUUGUGUUUGCUUUAACUAUUCAUUACUAAUAUAAAUCAGUGUUUGCUCCAACAACACUGAUAUAAGAGUAGUAGUCAAUGAUUUGUGGCUACUUUUCGAACCAAAAUCUGCUUCUGCCUCUGCCUCAAACAUUGUAACAAAGAGAUGGAAACCAUAAAGCCAAAAUCAGCAUUGAAGAGCAAGAGAUUCGGCAAGACAUUCCAGAAAGUAAUUAGCCUGAGAAGCAGCGCAACAAAAAUCGCUUCAAGCAAUGGAAUCUGCAUCCUCAACCCUAACAACAUCAAAGACAACAAAGGAGCUCGGAACAGGGCAGUUAUGGAGGCGCUGGUGGCGAGGCUCUUCGCAGGAGUGACUACCAUUAAAGCAGCAUACGCAGAGCUUCAAAUGGCUCAGCACCCUUACAACAACGAUUCAAUACAAGCCGCUGACCAAGCCGUUGUGGAUGAACUCAGAGCCAUCUCAGAACUCAAACGCAGCUUCAUCAAAAGAGACUUGGAUCUCUCUCCACAAAUCACCAUCAUGCUCGCAGAGGUUCAAGAACAACAGAGCCUCAUGAAGACCUACGAGAUCACCAUCAAGAAGCUCCAAGCUGAGGUUGACAACAAAGAACGCAACAUCUCAUCGCUCAAGAAACACCUCCACGACUGCGUUUCCUUCAACAAAUCCUUAGAGAAGAAGCUCAACUCCAGCGGCUCCUUCUCCAUCUUCGACAACCUUAAACUCUCCGCGCUCAACCCAACGCAUUUCCUCCACUUUCUUCACCACGCGUUGAGAUCUAUAAGGAGCUUCGUUAAGAUGAUGAUAAGGGAAAUGGAGAACGCUCAUUGGGACCUCGAAGCAGCCGUCAAUUUCAUCCAUCCAAACGCGGUCUUCACGAAACCAAGCCACAAGUGCUUCGCCUUUGAGUCCUUCGUUUCCAUAACAAUCUUCGAAGGCUUCAACUACCCAAACUUCAAUGUCCAAAACGACCAAAGCGUUCGCCACCACAACAAAAACCAGAGCCUCUACUUUGAAAAGUUCAAGAAGCUGAAAUCACUGAGCCCGAAGCAGUACCUAACCCACAACCCGAACUCUUCCUUCGCCAAGUUCUUAAAAGCGAAGUACCUGCAAGUGGUUCAUGCGAAGAUGGAGUGUUCCUUGUUCGGGAACCUGAACCAGAGGAAGAUGGUGAACUCAGGAGGGUACCCUGAGUCUCCCUUCUUCACGGCGUUCGCUGAGAUGGCGUGGCGCGUGUGGAGCUUGCAGUGUUUGGCGUUGUCGUUCGAGGAAGAAGUGAGCAUCUUCCAGGUGAAGAAGAACGCGAGAUUCUGUGAGGUGUACAUGGAAUGCGUGACGGAGGAUGCAGUUUCAGGUUCUUGUUCUUCAGGGGAAUCAUGUGAUGAUUCAGAUUCAGGGGAGCUUAGGGUGGGGUUCACGGUGGUGCCGGGGUUCAAGAUGGGUAAAACCGUCAUUCAGAGUCAGGUUUACGUGUCUCUGGUCGGUUCUUCUUCUCCGGCGACUUCCUGAUAGAAAUAAUAAUAUAAUAUACUCAUUAUGAAAUAUGAAUUAGGUGUUAGUUAUGUAUGAAAUAAACAUAUACAGAUUUUUAAUUAGAAAGGUGCAACAGUGUUUUGUGUAAUUGUUGUAUGUACAAUUUUUUUUCUCUUGUCUGAUUAGGUCCUCGUUGUACAUUAAGAUGGAGAAUUGGAGAUUAGGAUUCUACAUAGAUUUGGUAGAUAAUAGGCCUUUUUGGACCCAUCUCUUUUAUUUACUCUUAUCAAUAAUAAGAACAAAAUUGUA